AUGAAGAGCAUCUCCCUCCUCGUCCUCGCAGCCUCAUGGGCGUCGGCUAUGCCCAAGCCCGAACACUCCAAAGGAGCAUUGUACUUUCUCGACAGUGAUCCCAAUGGCGCCUCUGUGGUAUCUUUCGGCAUCACUAGAGAUGGAUCAUUGGGCGAGCCCGUGAGGACUUCGACUGGUGGCAAUGGCUUGAUUGGCAACAACGCCAAUGGCUCCGUCACUGCCGACCCUCUUUUCUCCCAAGGUUCUAUCAUCGUAGAUGGAAACCUUUUAUUCACCGUCAACGCCGGAUCCAACACCCUAGCUGCUUUCAACAUUCCCGAAAACGACCCAACUCACCCUAUACUCAUGGGACAGCCUAUGGACACUGCCGGCAUCACUCCCAACACAGUAGCUUACUCGCGCAAGCACAAAAUCGCAUGUGUCGCCAACACUGGAACCAAUCCUGGUGUCCAGUGUUUCAGCGUUUCAGGCAGCGAAGGUGUCAAGCCAGUUGGUGGUCUCAGGGCUCUGCUGGUCUUGAACCAGACAAACCCUGUGAUGGGACCUGCGAACACUGUCUCCAACAUUGUCUUUAACCCUUCCCAGACAGCUCUUUUCGUCGUUAUCAAAGGCGAUGGUAUGCAGAACGGUUAUGUCUACGCCUACAAGGUCGAAAACGGCAUCGUCAGCGAGGAGGCUAUCAUCUCGAGACCUGAGAAUCUGCCCAUUCCUUUUACCAUGGCCUUUUCUGACGACAACUCUGCGCUAAUGGCUACGCCUGCCUACGGUGCUGCAUUUGUGUCCGUCUCCGAUGACUACAGGGUAACCACUGAAAGUGUCCUCAACAUCACGACUCAAAUGGCUACCUGCUGGACUGCCCGAUCUUCAGAAACUGGAUCGGUGUAUCUUCUCGACGCAGGCCGCGCCAACAUCAACGCGGUCAACACAAAGUCCAAGGCUAUCAGUCGCGUUCUUCCCGGAUACGAACCGGGCAUGGGCAACUUUGACGGUAUCAUCUCUGGGUCGAAGCUGUACGUUCUCGAGGCUGCUCCAGCUAUCGCUAUCUUUGACCUCAAAGAUCCUUCUCUUGGUCCCAAGGUUGUUGGCUUGAAGGGUUUGGGCAAUCGUGCUUCUUGGAUUGGAAUGGCGGCGUAUGCUUAG